CCAUUAUAAAAGUGCUCCAUCAUUCAUGCCACACAGAAAGUGGAGAGAGAAUAGAGAGCCAAGUACACUGACAGAAGCUAUCUAAAAUCUCUGCAUCAGUUUAACAGAAACACAGAGACAGAGAAGGGAGAUAGUCUAUUAUAUUCAGCAUUAGUGCUCUACUUCUCCUCCUUUUCUGUCAGAUCUCUAUACCCUCUCAAAUCACAGGAAUCAAUCUCCCCAAGAAAACCAAACCCCUCGAAGCUUUUAUUUCAUCCCUCCUUUUCACCUCGAAGUCUUUAAGAGGCGGAUACACCUUUUUACCUGAAAACAAAAGAAAGUAACGGACUGCUCUGGUUUCUUUGUUUCACAGGUUAAACGAGAUAAACCAGUCUCUCUGUUUUUUACUGGCAAAUGGUAUUUGGGAGUUACAGAAAGCAACCUUGAAAAGCUCUCAGGCUUUCUACAUUAUAAAUACCAGAUCAAACUUUCUAAACAAGGUGAAACAACCCCCCAUUCUCUUCUUCGUCGAUUUUGUCUGUAGAAAUGUUACCUCAGAAGCAAGCAGAGGAGGCCAUAGUGAGCCAGAGCAUUGAUCAUGAAGACAGAGACGAAGAAAUCCCAGAUCACCAUCAAACUGGUUUCAGCCUCAGCAACUUUCUCUGGCAUGGUGGCUCUGUUUAUGAUGCCUGGUUCAGCUGUGCAUCAAAUCAAGUUGCUCAAGUUCUGCUGACACUGCCAUACUCCUUCUCUCAACUUGGUAUGCUUUCAGGCAUCAUAUUUCAAGUGUUUUAUGGCAUUUUGGGGAGCUGGACUGCUUAUCUCAUUAGUAUUCUGUAUGUUGAGUACCGAAGCCGAAAGGAGAAGGAAAAUGUUAACUUCAAGAAUCAUGUCAUCCAGUGGUUUGAAGUGCUAGAUGGUUUGUUGGGUCCAUACUGGAAAGCAAUUGGUUUAGCCUUCAACUGUACUUUCCUCCUCUGUGGAUCUGUCAUUCAGCUCAUAGGUUGUGCAAGUAAUAUCUACUAUAUAAAUGACCAUCUGGACAAGAGGACAUGGACAUACAUAUUUGGAGCUUGUUGUGCCACCACUGUGUUCAUACCCUCAUUCCACAACUACAGAAUUUGGUCUUUCCUUGGUCUUGGAAUGACCACCUACACUGCUUGGUAUAUGACCAUUGCGGCCCUCAUUCAUGGCCAGGUUGAGGGUGUAACACACUCAGGACCAGAUAAGUUGGUUUUGUACUUCACUGGCGCCACCAAUAUACUAUACACUUUCGGCGGGCACGCCGUCACUGUGGAGAUCAUGCAUGCAAUGUGGAAGCCUCAGAAGUUCAAGUACGUUUAUCUGUUUGCAACCCUCUAUGUAUUCACCCUAACCCUUCCAUCUGCUACUGCUGUCUACUGGGCCUUUGGUGACCAACUCCUCGAUCACUCAAACGCCUUCUCGCUCCUUCCCCGGACUAGGUGGCGUGACGCAGGGGUUUCGCUGAUGCUCAUUCACCAGUUCAUCACUUUUGGGUUUGCUUGUACGCCAUUGUAUUUCGUGUGGGAGAAAGUAAUAGGAAUGCAUGACACGAAGAGCAUUUGUCUAAGAGCACUUGCUAGGUUGCCGGUGGUGAUUCCCAUAUGGUUCUUGGCCAUCAUAUUUCCUUUCUUCGGUCCCAUUAACUCCGCUGUUGGAGCUCUUUUGGUCAGCUUCACUGUUUACAUUAUACCCUCUUUAGCUCAUAUGCUCACUUACCGAUCUGCCUCUGCUCGAAAGAAUGCGGCAGAGAAGCUUCCCUUCUUCCUUCCUAGCUGGACUGGAAUGUACGUGGUGAAUGCAUUUAUAGUGGUGUGGGUGUUGAUAGUCGGGUUUGGAUUCGGAGGAUGGGCUAGCAUGACCAACUUCAUCAAGCAAGUCGACACUUUUGGGCUGUUUGCCAAGUGUUACCAGUGUCCACCGCGAGUCUCAGCUGCUACACCACCACAUCCAUUGCAUCACUAAGCUCAGUUCUCAUCGUCAUUUAGUACAUUGUGUGAUGAUUUGCCUCAGCUUUUGUGUAGCCUUCAAUUAUAAAAAGUGGUUCUCUUUUGUGAAAUGUGAAUGGUAAGGUUUCUUUUAGAGUUCAGUCAAGCUGUUCUUGUAUGUGUUCUCUUUCAAGUAAUCAUGAUAAAGGAUCAAUGGUUAUUAUGGGUUUCAAUAUAAGAUGGAUGGUGUCAUGGGGCUACAAAUUUUGAAAGCUCCCGUCUUUUUU